UAAAUCUAUUCCCACAUUCCUCCUUCUUUCCAUUUUUUUCUUCUCUAAACACACAAUAUGACAAUGGAAAGAACUGCUCUUUUGUUUUGCUUUGCCAUCCUAAUAGCUUCGGCGGCUCUUCUCGACGCCACUUCGCCUUCUUUGUCGCCCGCAGCCAAAGUUCCCGAAACCGUGAAUGAUAUCGAGCCCUAUACCACCAAAGUCGUGAAGCAGUUCUUGGCCGAUCUCGAGAAGGAAUGUCCCAAGACUCAAGAGUUCAAAUUGUUCUUCGAGAAACUCAGGGCUUCUGCUAAAUAUGUUUGCCCCAUCACCAAGGCUUUCGGGACGGAAGACCGUAAAGCCUACGAGUCUGACAUGAAAGCUAGCGGUAUCUCCCAAGUGUUCAUGACUUUCUCGACGGGAGAAAAAGGGUCGGGGAAAUCGAUGAAGAUGAUCAUGAAACGCGAAGAAUUGGAAUCCAUGAAAAUCGUUAACUCCCUACAAUCGAAGUUUGGUAAGAUCGUGAAGAAGGGCGAUGGAUCGACGAAGCUUACAGAAGAACAACAGAUAGCAAUCAAAGACGCAAUCUUGCGAUGGGAAAAAUCGGCUACUCGAGUCGUGAAGAUUCUAGUAAGGAGAAGCGUAUCUCCUCGUAACCCUCGAGACGGGCAAUAAAAGAAAACAAAUUAAUCUCUACCCCCGAAGAGACAUGUUAAAAUGACACAUUGAUCAUCAAAUGUAUGGUUUCAUAUCGGUUGUAAUUAUAUCUCAAGUGCGUUAUACACCGAUUUGAACCAGUUUUAGCAAUGUAUAACAACAUUUACAUUGUAUAUUUCUUCUUCUGGAUGAAUUCUUUUGUCAUAUGAUACA